GUAGCAGGUGUGAACAUUUCAUCUUUCCUCUGGGGGUUGCAGCUCUCUCCCCAGUCUCGGUCACUGCCUUUGGUUGUACCACUUCCCUUUUAUUCUCCCUUGAACCUCCCUCAUCUUUGCUCUAUGAUGACAUUGCCCUGGGCAAGAGAAGCUGAGAGGAACUCCUCACUCAGCUAGCUUCAGGAGCCAUGACAUCAUCUUUACCAUGGAAAUUCCACUCACUCUCCUGAGCCCCCACAUUUGUCCCAUGCCUCAGAGUCUCUAUAAAGAGAGAUUCCCAACUCAGUAUCAGCACAGGACACAGCUGGGUUCUGAAGCUUCUGAGUUCUGUAGCCUCACCUCUGAGAAAACCUCUCUUCCACCAACACCAUGAAGCUCUGCGUGACUCUCCUGUCUCUCCUCGUGCUAGUAGCUGCCUUCUGCUCUCCAGCACUCUCAGCACCAAUGGGCUCAGACCCUCCCACCGCCUGCUGCUUUUCUUACACCGUGAGGAAGCUUCCUCGCAACUUUGUGGUAGAUUACUACGAGACCAGCAGCCUCUGCUCCCAGCCAGCUGUGGUAUUCCAGACCAAAAGAGGCAAGCAAGUGUGCGCUGACCCCAGUGAGACCUGGGUCCAGGAGUAUGUGUAUGACCUGGAACUGAACUGAGCUGUUCAGAGACAGGAAGUCUUCAGGGAAGGCCACCUGAGCCUGGAUGCUUCUCCAUGAGACGCAUCUUCUCCACACUCAGGACUCCUCUCCGCAGCUCCUGUCCCUUCUCUGAAUUUAAUGUUUUUAUGUGCUGUGUUAUUGUAUUAGGUGUUAUUUCCAUUAUUUAUAUUUGUUUAGCCAAAGGAUAAAUGUCCCCUGUGGGGAUGGUCCACCGUCACUGUUUCUCUGCUGCUGCAAAUACAUGGAUAACACCGUUAAUUCCAUGUGUUUUCAUAAUAAAACUUCAAAAUAAAAUGCAGACA